CCCGCACAAUAAAAGGCCCGCCAUCCCCGCCAUGUUCGAAGCCCCCGACUCCCAUCCCCGGUUCGUCCUCCUUCCCCGACAACCUCAGUCGCGUCACCCCGCCAACUGCUCGCCAUGGGUAAAGGCUACAGCCCCACCAUCGCGGGGAAUCCGGUCUUCGCAUGUAUCGGCGGCGGUCUCUUCGGGCUGGACAUCUCGUCCAUGUCCGCGGUCCUCAACAACCCUGCGUACAACGAGUACUUUGGCUACCCGGGCUCAACCAGGCAGGGCGGCAUCGUCGCCUCCAUGCCCGCAGGCUCCUUCGCCGGUGCCCUCGCCGUCGCCUUCCUUGCUGACAAGCUCGGUCGCAAGUGGACCGUCAUCCUCAGCGGCUGGAUCUGGGUCCUUGGGUGCAUCAUCCAAUGCGCGUCUCAGAACGUUGCCAUGCUCGUCGCCGGUCGUGUCAUCGCCGGUCUGGCGGUCGGUAUCGCCUCCUCCGUCGUCCCCAUCUACCAAUCCGAAAUCACCCCUCCCGCCAUCCGUGGUCGACUCGUCUCCAUGCAACAAUGGUCGAUUACGUGGGGCAUCCUCCUCCAAUACUUUGUCGAAUUCGGCUGCUCGUACAUCGACGGCAACGCCUCCUUCCGCAUUCCUUGGGGUCUCCAGAUGAUCCCCGCCAUCGUUCUCUCCGUCGGCAUGCUCUUCUUCCCCGAGUCUCCUCGUUGGCUCAUGGACCGCAACCGUGAGCAAGAAGCGCUGCAGAUCCUCGCAGACCUGCACGGCGGCGGCGACACGACGGCGCCGCUCGUGGUGCUCGAGUACAACGAGAUCAAGGAGCACGUCACCUUCGAGCGCACGCAGGGCGCAAAGUCCUACCUCGACCUCCUCAAGCCCGGCAUCGUGCGCCGCGUCGGCCUCGGCAUGUCCCUCCAGAUGUGGUACUACAUCGUGUACGUGUUCGAGGGCGCGGGCUUGACGGGCCGCCGCGCGAACCUCAUCGCGGACUCCGUGCAGUACGUGCUGAACGUCGCGAUGACCGUCCCCGCGAUCAUCUACGUCGACCGCUGGGGCCGCCGCCCGCUCCUGAUCGCCGGCACGGCGCUCAUGGGCUUCUGGCUCUUCCUCGUCGGCGGCCUCCAGGGCCGCUUCGGCCACUGGGGCGAGAUCGACAACAGCAAGAUCUGGGUCGUCGCGGGGAACGACGCGGCGACGAAGGCGAUCAUCGUGUGCUCGUACCUGUUCGUGUGCUCGUUCGCGGUGACGAUGGGCCCGGUGUCGUGGACGUACCCGGCGGAGCUGUUCCCGAUGCGGGUGCGCGCGAAGGCGGUGUCGGUGUCGACGGCGACGAACUGGGCGUUCAACUUCGCGCUCGCGUGGUUCGUGCCGCCGUCGCUCGCGAACAUCGCGUACAAGACGUACUUCAUCUUCGGGACGUUCAACUUCGCGGCGUGCGUGCACAUAUUUUUCUGCUUCCCCGAGACGGCGGGGCGGACGCUCGAGGAGAUCGAGGCGGUGUUCGCGGAGGGCCAUGCGUUCACGGCGUGGCGCGUCGGACGCGAGGUGGGCAAGGCGGACCUCGGCCAGGUCGGGUCGGCGAAGUUGGACGAGAAGCACGACGUGCACGACGUAGGCUCGCUCGAGGAGAAGGUGUAGGGCGGUGUUGGCUUUUACUAAUCAUUGGUGUAUCCCUGCCUGUGCGUGCGAUGUAUCUUGUAGUGGCUCCUUUUCUUUUCGACUUUGCGCGCAAUGCGACAUGCUUUGCUAUAGUUACGACCGCAAUGAUUACGCAUUUUGCUGGGUUUCUUUUGA